CUUUCCCCUCCCCUCCGCAGGAAAUCUCCAAGCCCUAGGACCUCCCCCCCUUGGCGCCCGAAGCCCGCCGCCGCCGCCGCACUACGAGCCAGAGGGCUCCUCCCCUCCUCCGCCGCCUCCCAUGCCGCGCGAAUCCCGCCGCCGCGACGACAAACCAGGGGGCUCCUCCCCUCCCCCGCGCCGCCUCCCAUGCCGCGCGAACCCCGCCGCUGCGACGACAAACCAGGGGGCUCCUCCCCUCCUCCGCCGCUUCCCAUGCCGCGCGAACGCCGCCGCGGCGACGACAGACCAGAGCGCUCCUCCCUUCCUUGCAUGCCGCUCGAGCGCCACCGCCCCGACCAGGGACACUCGUGGUUCCACUUUCGCCUCCCCAAUGGCCAGCAAAUCCCUGUCUACAAAGAUAGACAGGGAGUUCUCUUCACCGACCAUUGUGGGCCGACACGACCCGUCGCAGAUGUCUGCAAUGAACUCUUCCCCGGCCUCAUCCCCGAUCGCCCACCGCCGGUCGCAGACCCUGAGUCCAAACGCCCCGAGGAAGAUCAAAAAACGCCCACUCCAAACCCGCAAUAUGUUGAUGAUCUGCUGAACAAAGCCUAUGCUGAUCACAAACUGCAGCUGGCUCAAAGGCCUAAGGAGUUGCUUGACAGUACAACACUUGUGGAAUCAUCCAUCACUAAUGCUGCUUCUUCCUCUCUGCCACAGUCACCAUCGUGUGAGGUGCCAGAUAUCUUGGAAUUGGAGCUCAACACUACUCACUCAUUGUCUUCAUGUGUCUUUUCAUUGACGCCUACUGGUCUACUUAUUAAAUAUUUUGUCAGAGUUGAUAAGGAGGGACGUUUUCAUACAUAUCCUGAUCGCGGUGGACCCUUUCAGAGUUUACAUGAAGCUCAACAAGCUAUUGACUCACAUCAUGUCGUUGGGCGAAAUAACUUGUGCAUGGAUGGACUUUCAUCUAGGGAGAAGUCUGUGCGGUAUGCUUUAUACUGGCCUCAUGAUGGCACAAGAAGAAAUUCUGCAGAAGCCUUUGCUGCCAUGAAGACCCGUCGCCCUAAACAGGAAGUUGUUAAAGCUCUACUGGACAAGUACAACGAGGACAAUGAUCUUUUGGGGGAUCUUGCAUAUCGACUAGAAGAAAUAGUGAGAUAUAAACCAUGUUUUGACGGGAAAGACUGUGAUUAUAGGUCAUAUUCACAUUUGAAUAUGACCAUAAAGAUUAAAGGAGCUGAUGAUCCCCGCAAGAAGCUGUAUUUUGCUGAAGUCACUUGUAUGAGAGGCGAACAUGAAGAGUAUGUGCUCACCUGUAUCUGCGCAGUUGAACCUGAUGCCAAUGGUGAAUGCCUUGUCUGUGGAGAUGAAAUGAAGCACCCCAUUGAUGCUGAAUACAACCAUGGUCGCUCCACGCCAAUCUUUAGAUGUUGUUCCCAUGCAGAUGCAAAAGCCUUGGGUGAGGAGUUAAUUACCGUGCAUGAUGAGGCUUGGCUGGAAAAGGAGGAAGCUAGGGUGAGACAAGUGUUCGAGGAAGUGGCUGAGGAUAUCAAGAAGGAGAAAGCGGCGAAACUGGCCGAGGCUAUCAAGGAGGAGAAAGCGGCGAAACUGGCUAAGGCUAUCAAGGAGAAUGCGUUAAAGGAAGUGAAUGAGGCUACGGAGGUGGGCACCAUAGGGCAUGGCCAUGGAAAGAGCGCCAAGUAUGUAGUACCUGCUAGACGAAAAUGAGUAGCUUCUCAAUCCAUGGUUACUGUCGAUGUUGUCUCUCUUUCUCUCUCUGUCUCUCUCUGCUGCACGUACGGAUGGUUGUGCAAUGCGAAUGCUCAACACACCCCUUAGCAGACACUCUUCAGCAUGCUUUUGCUCAAGGCCCAAGAGACCUGCAGAGAUGACCACAUAUGAGAAUCCUUGGCUGAAAUCGCCGAAAUGUCUGGCUGAAACUAGUUAUGUACUACGAGGACUGAAAUUCUUCUGCUAUCGAACCAUACAGUCCACUCUCCGUCUCAAA